UUUAUGAACUUUAGAUGAGUGUUCCUUGCACCAGCUUGUUCAAGACAAUGACACUCCGGUGUGGUCACUGCACCAACCUCCUGCCGGUUAACAUGCCUGGCUUGCUGAUACCACCGUCAGUGAACCAGUUUCAUUUUGGUCACAAUAAUGUCUUCGCUCCUUCUAGUCAUACACUUCUGGAUGAUCAGAUUUCAAAUGGGGCUUCAAACUUUCUGAUCAGCCAGAAUUAUACAGGUGAUAUUUCGCCGACUGACCUGCGAGGAUUUAGGGAGCUUCCAAAGACCCCUGUGACGAAUAGACAUUGGGGGUUAUGAGUUGCAGCGGUGGUGAUGGUGCCUGAAAAGUGAUCGGAAAGAGCUUGGUGGAGUGUUUGGAGAAGAUGAUGGAUUAGGGUUUAGGUUUGAGGAAGAUGAAUCUCUUCUUUUUUUAUUUGGGGA